AUGGGAGACAGUGGGAAUGGCCCGUCCGACGACGCUGCUACUAGUCCGUCCGGCGCUGCCGCAACUUCGGCAGCUGCAACUGGGCUGUCCGAUGCCGCCACAAUGGGUCCAUCUGACGACGCAACUUCAGCAGCUGCAACUGGCUCAUCCGAUGCCGCCACAACCGAUCCAUCCGACGCCACUGCAACUGGCUCAUCCGAUGCCGCCACAACCGAUCCGUCCGACGCCACUGCAACUGGCUCAUCCGAUGCCGCCACAACCGAUCCGUCCGACGCCACUGCAACUGGCUCAUCCGAUGCCGCCACAACCGAUCCGUCCGACGCCACUGCAACUGGCUCAUCCGAUGCCGCCACAACCGAUCCGUCCGACGCCACUGCAACUGGCUCAUCCGAUGCCGCCACAACCGAUCCGUCCGACGCCACUGCAACUGGCUCAUCCGAUGCCGCCACAACCGAUCCUCCCGACGCCACUGCAACUGGCUCAUCCGAUGCCGCCACAACCGAUCCGUCCGACGCCACUGCAACUGCUCCAUCCAACACCGCCUCAACUUCGGCAACGGCAACUGACCCUACACCUGUCCCCUAUUCCCAUCAGUGGAGCUGUGGCCCCUGUGCUGAAAUUUGCACUGCAGCUGUCCCCCAUGACCUACAGGUCCAAGACUCGUUUGAAAUCCGAGAUGUCAAAUACAAACACUUCCUAGAGAGUCUAAGACCAGUCAAACACACCACCAAUGUCAAAAUGAUAAAGGACCUGGACAGGCAACGGACGAAGAGGUCGACGUUCUUCACCACGGGGGUGAAAAUAUGUCCUCAAGAGAAGAUGAAGGAGGUCAUCUCCAACCAUCGGGCCUACUACAAACUUAGAGUUUGUCAGGAAGCGAUAUGGGAGGCCUUCCGUAUCUUCUUGGACAGGGUUCCUAACUCCGAGGAGUACAAACACUGGACCUACGCCUGCCAGCAUGGCUCUCUCUGUCUGGAUGAGGUGGCCAGGAACUUCAGUAGUACCCAGGAACACAUUGACAUGGUGGCCAGAAGAGUUGCUGAACAGGAGAAGAUCCAGAAAGAAAGCGGUGAAGUACCAACAGCUGGAGGAACUGAGAUUGAGAAAUGCUCGAAAACUCCAUCAGAACUGUUUAGCAUUCCGAAUGAAGCAGGGGACAUAACAGAGAUUCCAAACAUUGUACCAGAUGAUGUGGUUAUUGAGGAGCAGAUAGUGGAGUUCAGUGUCACCAUAGCUGACCCUGGCUACAGUGAACUUCUUCUGAGAGACCCUGCAGCUCCCCAGUACCAUGACAUCACACGCAAUCUCCACGAUACGAUGGUUCACGUUUUUGACAAACUUCCUGGGUAUAAAGAUCUUCGUGUUUUGGGAUUUCGGUUGGUUGAAUUUAGAUCUGAUGAUGUGUCAGUCCGCUAUGCUGUAGUGUUUGAGACGAAUGGAGAAGACCAUGACACAGAAUCUAAAACUACUCUAGAACCAGGCACAGAGACAGUUAUUUACACAAACGGGCACAGACUGAAGGAUCUGGUUUCCAAGGCCUUGAGCGAAGAGACAUCCCUGCCUGUGGACAUACAAACACUCAGUUUUGAACCUGAUCCCACUGUUUCUCUACACAAUGAGUUGGAAGCGACUACCUUGGAGACCUUGCUAGAGGAGGUUGUUGGGCACACUGAAGGUUUCUUACCAACUGUUGCUGUCGGGGAGGAAUUUCUUAAAGAUUUUACAGACACACCCGAGGAACUCACUGUUGUACCUUUAGGUGACUCAGUUACUGUUCUCCUCACUGAGGCUACCACUGCCUCCCCUGCCAUUGAAGUAACUCCCAAUUCUCCCCAAGAGGAACUUCGUGAGAGUCCUCCCUCAGAAGAAGUAGAGUUGCCUCCAGUGGCGGCUACAGAUGAGAUGCUUGAGGCAGAGGCUACAGAUGAGAUGCUUGAGGUAGAUGCUACAGAGGAGAUGCUUGAGAUAGAGGAGCCUGCAGUGGAUGUUACAGAGGAGACGACUGAGGUAGAGGAGCCUGCAGUGGAUGUUACAGAGGAGACGACUGAGGUAGAGGCUACAGAGGAGACGAUUGAGGUAGAGGAGCCUGCAGUGGAUGUUACAGAGGAGACGAUUGAGGUAGAGGAGCCUGCAGUGGAUGUUACAGAGGAGACGACUGAGGUAGAGGAGCCUGCAGUGGAUGUUACAGAGGAGACGAUUGAGGUAGAGGAGCCUGCAGUGGAUGUUACAGAGGAGACGAUUGAGGUAGAGGAGCCUGCAGUGGAUGUUACAGAGGAGACGACUGAGGUAGAGGAGCCUGAGUGGAUGUUACAGAGGAGACGAUUGAGGUAG